CCCAAAUUUCUUUUUUCUACGUGAUAAUACCUACAUGUAUGAUGACAACUAGAUUCUUCUCCGGCAUUAGACCCACUUUUGAGUUCCGCAUGGCGUUCUGUUUCACAAGGGGGGUGGUUCAGGCUCGCUCGGAUGCCCAUCAUGCAUUUCGCAACGAGACGGUGAGACAUAUCUUCCCUCAGUGACAACAUAUAAUUCUCUGAGGUACUAAAACACACUGCUUAAAUUAUCUAUCCGAUGAAUUCAGGUGUAGAUUUGUAUACACGAGGCCUCGAAAUAGUCAAUAUGAAUAUUGACUGGCUGUUGGAUGGCGGGUAUCUCCCGCACGCCGUGAUCCGAAUGGGGAUUCGACGACAACUCGCGCAACGUCUUGAGGAAAUCGGAUCUACGACGAGAACUGCGGAUUAUGAGCGCAAAAUGAAAUAUCUUGAGCUUUUGCGCACGAGGCCUAUUGCUAUUGAGACGGCUACUGCUAAUAAGCAGCACUAUGAAGUUGGUACGGGUGUGCUGCUUGGUAUGUUGGGCCCGCGGAUGAAGUAUUCGUGUAGUUUGUAUCCAAAGGGUAGUGAGACGCUUGCGCAGGCUGAGGUCGCUAUGCUGGCGCUAUAUGUCGAGAGGGCGGAGCUUCGCGAUGGAAUGAGUAUUCUGGAUUUGGGAUGCGGCUGGGGUUCCGGCGCUUUGUACUUCGCGGAGGUGUACCCGAAGUCCAAGGUUACAGCGUUCUCAAACUCGAGGACACAGAAGGAAUAUAUCGAUUCUAAAGCAAAAGAAAAGGGAUUGACGAACUUGACUGUCAUCACGGGUAAUGUGGUGGACUACGAGUUUAAGAAGCAAAGCUUCGAUCGGGUGGUCUCGAUAGAGCUUUUUGAGCACAUGAAGAAUUAUGAACAACUUAUGGCGAAAGUAGCCAGGGCCUUGAAACCUGGGGGCAAGUUAUUUGUUCACAUAUUCGCUCAUAAGACGACUCCUUAUGAUUAUGAGGAAGGUUGGAUGACUGAGCACUUUUUCACCGGAGGCACAAUGCCGUCUGCGGAUUUGUUGCUGUAUUUUCAGAAGGACCUUCAUAUUACGAAGCAAUGGUGGGUCAAUGGAAACCACUAUUCAAAAACAUGUGAGCAUUGGCUUUCGAAUAUGAUAGCGAAUAAGAAUAAGAUAUGGCCACACUUGAUUGAAACGUACGGGGAGCAGAACGCGAACAUGUGGUACAAUAGGUGGCAGAUAUUCUAUAUGGCUUGCUCGGAAUUGUUCGCCUAUGAAGGCGGGGACACCUGGGGAGUUUCCCACUAUCUGUUCGAGAAGUUGAAAUAGUCGUAAUAGUAAGACCUUAGGUAGUAUGUGGUAGACUGGUUGUCCAGUUCUUUUCUUCUAUUGAUCUGAGCCUUCUUCCCGGUGGUGGGUAAUCGUCGUGGUAUAUAUGUAAUGCUAAGCUCCUCCCGAAGCCAUGAUAUCUGCAGCUAUUGCACUCCUUAUGUUCAAUCCUCCAUCGUCCUCGAUGGGUUGAGGAUUUAGUGGUCCCACGGGUGCUUCCAACCUAGUAAGACGGGGCCGUCUUUCCUUGCGCGCCACAUUAAGAAGAACCACAUGCUUGCACCGAGAGCGGUAGCAGUGAAUCUGUAGAUACCGGGAACGUGCGGCUUAAUUGGACCACCCGGACCAGCCAUUGUUGCUCGAAUCUAACGGCUGUUAGUGGUAUUCUCGAUACGGUACAUCCGACGGGAAUUGGUGCGUACGUAAGGUUUGAUUGAGGAGAAAUAUCGGUAUCGGGAUGGGAGCAAGUUCGUCAAUGGCAGGCAGAAGUCGUCUGGGUUGAUGUCGUGAUGAUC